GCCGCCACCCUCACCUCGGCCGUCCCCCUCCUCCAGCCGCGGUCCAACUCAGGCAAGAUGACCUACUACGCUCCGGGUCUGGGCGCCUGCGGUGCAACGAACACCAAUGCCGACAUGAUCGUUGCCGUCCCCUCGAUCGUGUACGGGACUUACGCCAACCCGAACUCAUCGCCGGUGUGCAAGAAGACGGUGACCAUCACGGCGGGCAGCACGUCGGUGAAGGCGGCCAUCACGGACCGGUGUGCGGGCUGUGGGGCCAGCGAUAUCGAUGUCUCGCCUGCUGUGUUUAAAAAAUUUGGGGACGAGAGUUUGGGCAAGAUUGCCGUCACCUGG